GUCUAAUGAAAGUAAAACAGGCUGAUGUGUCCAUGGGGAAGGCUUAGCUCCCCAAAUUAGCUUUGUUAUUUGAUAUAUAAAGCCAUUGGGGUCAUCUGUUAUUAGCAGCCUGACUACCGACGCUGAGACACCAGAAACUUCGAGAUGUUUUUUCGCGCCUUUUUGCUGCUGGCGGUCGCGUGCGUUCAGCGCUCGUGUCAGCACCAGUCUGGACCGUUAAAAGACGAAGUUCUCACAGAAGACCGACGCUUUUGCAGAGGCGAGCUAGAGAUAAGUUACCCAGAUUUGGAUAUUCGUUCCUGCAUGAUCAUCCCUCAGGAAUUCAGAGAGAAGAUAAGUCAAAAAUGGGGACCUCCACAGGUUCGUCUGGCCAUGGCUGACAAGCAGAAGAAAUACACGUUGAUAAUGGUGGACCCAGACGCCCCCAGCCGUACUAACCCUUCUCGAGCCUACUGGAGACACUGGCUGAUGGCUGACAUUGAAGGAAGCUCACUCAAAGAAGGAGACAUUAAAGGCACAUUGUUAUCUGAGUACACUCCUCCCACACCUCCUAAGCGUACUGGAUUUCAUCGUUAUAAGUUCUUGCUGUAUGAGCAGAACCCAGGCCAGGUGCUGUCUCUUAGCCAACAGGAACAGCAGUCACUGGGAAACUGGGAUCCUGAAGCGUUUGUGGAGAGGUUUGAACUUGUUGGUCCUGUGGCCUCGCUCCAGUUCCUUACUCAACACUCUAAAGAUUAGAUGACGCCAGACACCUGAAUUGUAACUUGUUGUACAAUCAGAG